UUUCAGGAUGCAUACACCUUACGCUUCGUAGAUCUAAAGUUCAAUAGAAUCACUGAUUUAAUGGAGGUAUUAAAUUUGAAAGGCUUGAUAUUUGAGGUUGACUUUAGAGGCAACAUCUGCACAAAGUGGCCCAAUUAUCGGAAUGUAUUGAUAUCUUCUAUAUCAAGCGUUAAAUUCAUUGACGGCGUUCAGGUCUUUCCAGAAGAAAAGGUGACAUCGGCUAUGCUGUUUGCCUCGCCAUUGGACUUGAUAGCUGCCCGUAAAGUAGCAAAAUUAACUUUACUAGAACAUUUAAAUAUUAAUAAGAUAAAUGCUCACGUUCAACCGUAUGAUGAAAUCAGCCCUCCUUUGAUGAUACUCACAGGACCGUCGGCGCUGAAGAAAAUGACACUAGCCUUACAUGUGGCUCAAACAAUUCCCGAUAAAAUAAAAUAUUGUCUUUGGCAUACUACAAAAGAGAUCUGCGAAGACGAUGACGAACGUAAAGCGUACAUUCCUGUAAACAGGGAAGAGUUUAAUGAUAUGGCACGGCGUGGCGAAUUUUUAGUGAUUCUGGACCUCUUGGGCGAUAGUUAUGGAUUUCAUGUAAAUCAGAUCAGUCCAUUGAUAUCUGAACACAAAAUUGGACUUACUCAAAUGAAUCUAUACGCAGUUACUGAAAUUUCUAAACGAUAUCCGAACGUAAAAGCGAUCUUGGUAUUUACACAAAGUAUCGAUCUUCACAAAGAUUGGAUACAAGAGAAAUUUGACGUUUAUACGUGGAUUAAAGAUAGUGUAGAAAAUUUGUUGGCCGUUAAAAUAGGCAAGCAUCGUGAAGAAGAAACAGAGACCGCUAGUUGUAUAUUAAACUUUAUCGAAGAAAUUUUGAAUGAGAUAAUGAGCCGUCUAGUAUUUCCAAUUUACGACAUCUCCGUGAGACCACAAGGAGACGGGGCUACAACAACCGAUAUAAUAUUACAAAGUAAGACGAUGUUACCGAAAGUUGUAUUGCGAAGGAGUGAAAUAGCAUCACAGAAAAAAAAGUGCAUUACAGAAACGAAAAAUGAAAAAGAUAUAAAAUCGUUCGAUCAAUUGUCAUCAGAAGAAAAAAAACAAACAUCGGAAGAAUUAAAAGUAUUAUUGGAUGAGGAAUCGAAUAUUAUUAUCGAUGAUAAAGAGACAAAACGUGAAAAGCAUAGGUCGAAAAUGUUGCAACGUCGAAUUAUAUUGAUGAUGGACAUGCCUGACCAGUUUGAUAACGAUAAUUUCAGCGAAUCAACAUCUUCCGAAGAAAUAAUGGACAUUCAUCAAGAAACGAUAACGUACGAAGAAAAAGCAAAAGUAUUAAAAAAUAUAUAUAUAGAACUUGUUAUAAAAAGUAGGAAAUUGUACUUGGACUACCACGAAAGCCAUCCUGGCUUCUUUACUUUAGUGCUACUUAUGGAUGAUUACAUGGAAGCUUUUAAUUCGUUAAUUAACUUCAUUCAUGAAUCGUAUACAAAUCUGCCUUACAGAAAGUCAAUCUUCUUAUCAGAAAUGCAGCAUUUUAAACAUACGGCUAUUCCCGUUGUGCUUGAAAGUAUCGUUAAUAAGAUCAGAGAAAAUUUAUCAAUAUCUAAACUCCAACGCAGAAAAAUAUUAAAAUUGCAGGAGAUUGAUUGUCCUUCUCAAAAUAAUGAUCGUGAUAAACUAUAA